AUGGGAAUAAAAGCGAGCACCGCGAAUGGAGGACAGCAGAGUCCUAGAGCACGCACCUUCUCCACCAGCAGUAGCAGCGAUGUAGUCUCCGGUACCGCAGGCGCACCGUACGAAAUCUCGUCCGCUAGUCCCGAUCCCGAUAGUAGCUCGGCGGAAGAAAAUGCCGCGGCUAGUGCUUCACUUGCUUUGGGAAGAGUUUACGCAACAUCACUACCUACUCAUAUCUGGACGUUGAAUGGUAUCAAAUGCCCAGUAUGUAGCAAAUUCGUGAGUUCUGACGACAUUGAGUGUCAUUUAGUAAUGUGCCUAACGAAGCCUCGUUUAUCAUACAACGAGGACUGUUUAGCCGACGCGAAAGGCGAGUGUGUCAUUUGCUUAGAUGAUCUACGUCCUGGUGAUAUAAUUGCUAGAUUACCAUGUUUAUGCAUCUACCACAAAGGGUGCAUCGACAAAUGGUUUGAGGUGAAUCGUAGCUGUCCCGAGCACCCCGGUGAUUAGUGGCAUUCGAAGUAGCGUGCAUAAGAGUAAACUUAAACGAAAACAAAAAAAACACCUUAGAAGCAUCGCUUUAGGAUCGCGCAGAAGGAGAGCGAGGCUUGGAAGCAGAAGGAAGCAUGGCCAUACGAUGAUUGGUAGCGGAGUCGGGGUGGCAGGCGGCGGAACGGCGAACGACUGGACUGAAAUCGAUUUGAGCCUGCACACGUGGAGAUGGGAGUGUUUAGUUUUAGGCCAUCGGCGACCUGAUCCUGACCCACCGCCUGCGAGAGUGAGGAUCUCGUUGCCUUUGGCGUCUUUUACGUCUACGUCUGCGUAUUAUAGCUAAGUCUGGGCGCUGUUGCAUAGG